AGCCCCUGGCAGCGCUCAUCAUCACAGCUUUGUCCCCUCGCUCAGCUCCGAGCAAGGGGCAGCGCUUGCGGCGAAGCAGCCAACACCGCGCUCGCACGUCCCAAGACAUCUGGAGUAAAGGCACCUGCCAUGAGGUGGUGGAGAACCGUGGGUGUAAGGAAUUCCAGGGGUGCGCGGGCAGGAGCGGGACGGCAAAUCGCAAAGGCGCUGCGCCGGGCACGGGCACGUCCUGGCACGGCCACUGUCCGUGUGGAGCGGGCGAGUCCCCGAACUGCUGCACCCGACCGCCCGGGGAAGCGCUGGGCCGCCGCUGCCGGCGGAAGAAGCCGGCGGGGGGCGCGGCGGGGGAGGGCCGGUCCCGCAGCACCUGCCGGGCCCUCGGCGCUGCCCAGCCCCGUGCCCGCGCCCUCCUUCCCUCCGCCCGCCCCGUGCUCAUGCGCCCGCCCGGCGUUUAAAGCGGGAGCGGCCGUGCCGGGGCUGUGUGGCUCGGCGGAGGUGCGGGCGGCGCGCAGGGCACGGCGCCGUGACCCGGCAGGAACGCCGCUCUCCGCCGCUCUCCUGGGCUGGGCUCCGGGCUGCCCUCCGGGCUGCCCCGCGGUGCGGACCCCCUCCGCCAUGUGGCUCUCGGCCCUGCUCCUCGGUGGGUACCGCGGCGGCGGCGGGGCCCGAGGCGGGCGCGGAGCAGCCCCGACCCACACUCCCUGUCUGUUCGCAGGCGCCCUCCUGCUCUCCGGCACGGUGCGCGGCAGCGACGGCUCGGCUUCUACUGCUGUCACGUGCUUUACAAGAGGACUUGACCUUAGAAAGGGGACAGAAGAUGUCCUUUGCCCAGCAAACUGUCCUCUGUGGCAGUUUUAUGUCUUUGGGGAUGGAGUUUAUGCCUCUCUUUCGAGUGUCUGUGGAGCUGCCAUACACAGCGGGGUGAUUACCAACGCAGGAGGAGCUGUAAGGGUGCAGACUCUCCCAGGACAGGAAAACUACCCUGCUGUAAAUGCCAAUGGGAUCCAGUCUCAGGUGCUCUCUAGAUGGGCUUCAUCUUUCUCAGUGACUGCAGGUACCAAGAAGGCAGCUCUUGAAGCAGUUGGACGAUCGGUGUCGACAGCACGUCCUUCUACAGGUAAAAGACCCAAGAAGACUCUUGAUAAAAAGGCUGGAAAUAAAGACUGUAAAGCUGAUAUUGCAUUUCUCAUUGAUGGAAGCUACAAUAUUGGCCAACGUAGGUUUAACUUGCAGAAAAACUUUGUGGGAAAAGUAACUGCAAUGUUGGGAAUUGGAAUAGAAGGGCCUCAUGUUGGAGUCGUACAGGCCAGUGAACAUCCAAAAAUUGAAUUCUAUCUGAAAAACUUUACUGCUGCAAAAGAAGUUUUGUUUGCCAUAAAGGAAUUAGGGUUCAGAGGAGGCAAUUCCAAUAUAGGGAAAGCUUUGAAGUACACAGCUCAGAAAUUCUUCUCUUUGGAGAAUGGAGCACGGAAAGGAAUUCCCAAGAUCAUUGUAGUGUUUCUGGAUGGCUGGCCCUCAGACGAUCUGGAAGAACCUGGCAUAGUGGCCAGAGAAUUUGGAGUCAACGUGUUCAUUGUGUCUGUAGCAAAACCCACAACAGAGGAGCUGGGAAUGGUACAGGACAUCGGUUUUGUUGACAAAGCUGUCUGUAGGAACAAUGGCUUCUUCUCUUACCAAAUGCCCACCUGGUUUGGUACCACCAAAUAUGUGAAACCUCUUGUCCAAAAGCUGUGCUCACACGAGCAGAUGCUGUGCAGCAAGACUUGCUACAACUCGGUCAACAUCGGUUUCCUGAUCGACGGCUCCAGCAGCAUCGGCGAGAGCAACUUCCGCCUCAUGCUCGAGUUCGUGAGCAACGUGGCGAAGGCUUUCGAGAUCUCCGACAUCGGCUCCAAGGUGGCGGCCGUGCAGUUCACCUACGACCAGAGGCCCGAGUUCGGCUUCGCCGACCACGCCAGCAAGGAGAAGGUGCUCUCGGCCAUCCGCAACAUCAGCUACAUGAGCGGGGGCACCGCUACCGGCGACGCCAUCUCCUACACCACCAAGAAGGUGUUCGGGCCGGUGACAGACGGACCUAACAAGAAUUUCCUCGUCGUUCUGACCGAUGGUCAGUCGUAUGAUGAUGUUAGAGGACCUGCUGCAGCUGCACAGAAAGCAGGAAUAACUGUCUUCUCUGUUGGUAUUGCCUGGGCACCACUGGAUGAUCUGAAAGAAAUGGCUUCUGAACCAAGAGAAUCUCAUACUUUCUUCACCAGGGAGUUCACAGGAUUGGAGCAGAUGGUUCCUGAUAUUAUUAGAGGCAUCUGUAAAGAUUAUUUGGACUCUAAACAAUAAAAAAUCUGCUGUUCAAUAUUACUAUUUGAACCUAAAAAUCAUGAAAUUGAAAUGGUACCUCUAAAGUACAGAUGUUUUAUUCUUAUAUAUGCUAUCAUAAUACCGAGGAAGAAGAAGGGCUGCUUUUUGGUUUUGUAGUCAAAGAUUCUUGUGAGCUUGUUAGAAGCUGUACUUGAUACUGAAGUGCAGAAUUUGGCCAACAGCUAGUAUUUUCAACAAGCAUAUAGCAUCCCAAAGUUUAAAGCUUUGCGUUUGUUUAAUGCGUAUUGUGCACUUAAGAAUAGCAGAUACUCAGAGGAAAUAAUACAGCUCUGACUUUUUUUUGCCACUUGCUAGAGACCUUCUUACAAGUUAAAAAUAAUGUAACUUUAAAUAGAAGGUACUACCUUCUAUAAGCUUCCUGUAGCUUACAAUUUUCCAAGAGUUCUGCUGAUAACACAAAGUACUUUCAGCACUCCUGUUGUGCAACAUCCAUUAUUGCCAGGCAGCUUUAGAAAAGAUAUGACAGAUUGUAGCUGAAAGAGUCUAUUUUUACUAGUUGGGGUUUUGCUGAUCUGGUUGGCAAAUUAUUUUGGCACAGAACUUUAAAGGUAUUUAAAGUACAGUAGUUCUUUGAGGAUCUGGAUCCUAACAUACUAGCUACUACUACUGCUUUCUGCACCAUUGAAGUCAACAGUGAUAUUCCAAAUAUAACUGACAACUGGAUAUUUCCUGUCUGCUGCCUUGUACUGUCUUGAUUUGACAAAGUUGUUAUUGGCCAGACAGUUAGAGACAGGAAUCUUGGGCCAAGAGAUUAAAUGAGACCACACAGUGGGAAUUGAAAGCAUUCAAAUUCAAGUCUAGAGGUAUCUUAAACCUUUAAACCUAACGGAUUUAUACCAGAUUACAUGGUCAGAAAAGAAGAGAGUAGGCAGACAGGUUAAGUGGGAUUUAGUAGUUCACAGAGUAACAACUUCAUAAUGGUAGUGCAACCAUCUUUAUAGAUGUGUGAGGUUUUCUAAAGAUGAAAGAACAGUUUUCUUGAAAGAGGCUUUCAUUUGAUUACAUACCUAGUAAUGUUGAUAUAUUUAUAUGCACACACAUGUGGUUAAAAUUUUGUGAUUGAUAUUCACGAAGUUACUUCAGAGUCCUGGUGUGAAUAACAUGCUCCAAAUAUUCUCUAGAAAAUAAAGGGGGGUUGCAAAUAAAAUGUAUAGUAGAAAGCAAACCAGCACUUCCCCUAUCAAUCUGGGGUAUCCCUAUUUUCCUCUCCCCCACUAUUGAUUGUAAAAUUUCUAGUAGUUAUGGAGUGGCACAGAAGGGAUUGUAUUCAUUGGGCUUUUGCUGUGCACUUUUUAAUAACUUAUAACUGGCUAUAUAUUACUCUAAACAUAGAUGGCAAAAAUGCCUUGUAUUUUUCUAGUAAUUAUCCUUAAUUUUGUUAUGUAUUUAUAGAUAAGAGUAUUACGCUUUUGCUGUAUAAAUUCAUAUGCUGUAUCAACUUUGUGAAAAAAUUUAAUUAGUUUAGUUUAUAAACUUUUUAUAGAAAUACAUAUUGCAAGAAAACUGGGACUGCUGCUAUCUGUUUUAAUAUUUCAUAACACAGAAGUCUUUUUAUAAUGACCCUCAUAUAGUAUAGCUUGAAUAAGCUGUAUGUGAUGCUUCCUAACUAUAUUAUCUUAAAUUCCAAAUCAUUCUCAAAUAAUAAGGGUAUUAUUUUUACAAAUAUUUUAACUUGAAUGAGUCAAUAUCAAAGUUUUAGUCAUUGUUCAUAUUAGGUAAUAUGCUAGAUAAAUAAUCUGAAUAUAAAUGAUGUGCUGGCUGAUAGAAUCACAUUUUCCCUC